AUGGAAACGGGUGGGAUACAAAACCUUUCGGAGUUCAUACUACCAUCAUCCAUUCAAGACCCUAUCAUUAAAUCAUCUCUACACCAAAAUAUGAUCUACCAAGAAUCUUCUGAUGAGGAAGAUGAAUUUCUUAAGGAAGAUGACAUAUAUGAGGAAGAGGAAGAGAACUUGGUUCCUCUCUUGACAAGGCAGAGCACAUCUUAUAGUUAUGAUAACGAAAGCAACACUGAAAUGACGGCGCAGCUUUUGAAGUUUUCUGAACAAAUUAGUACAGACAUUCAGAGAUACUUUGGUCAGAAAAAUAAAGAGGAGGACCCAGACUCCUGCAAUAUUUAUGAGGACUUUGUAGCAAAAAUGUCAGGACCACAUAUUGAUUAUGAAGAUAUUGUCAUGGAGGCACAAACUAAGGGCCAGGAUAAAAACAGUCUAUUCAACCCCCUUACUCCUCCAUUAGAAUUUGAUCAAAAAUUAUUGAAAUCAAUAAGUAAAGAAGGUGAUGUUACUAAGCUUGGACCUCUGUCUGAGUUGUUUGAUUUUGGUCUUCACAAAUACAAAAAGCAAAAGAUAAGUGCAAAGGAGGAACGAUUACAAAGUUUGGAUAAAAAGUAUUCUCAUAUUGUUCCCAUGCACAGUCGCAAAUUGCCCAUUUCGUUUUGGAAAGAGCCCAGUCCAACUCCACCGUGUAUUCUAAACAACAAUACCCCUGACUUUAGUGACCUGCUAGAAAAUUGGACCUCUGAUCCAAGUCAUUAA